CUUCUCACAAAUCGCGCACGCUUUUUGUACGUGCGGUCGCGUGUCGUUGUACGCGUGCGCCCGUCAUACUCCUAGUAAAUAUAAACGACUAUAUAACCGAUCUAGUUUAUGUUCUUUUAUUAACAGUUCUUUCACAGGCAUGAAGGAUGGAUUCAGUACCUUGUAUCUCCCUUUAAUUGGGAGAGUUUGAGCUCCGGCCCGGGAUCCUAGAUAGUGCAGAGGAUGGAGCUUCUUCCUGUCCUCGAACCAGAAGACAAGCCUCAAAAGGGCAUAUGGUAUGCCCUGGUCCCCCGAGGAGGGGCUCCUGGUGUCAACGUGGGACACACGUGUACGUACGUCCCCAGCAGUGACGGAGACAAGGGCAAGAUUGUCAUCGUCGGAGGUGCCAAUCCCAGUGGGAGCUUCGCAGAUUGUCACGUUAUUGAUCUGGACCGCCACGAGUGGGACGAGCCAGAGUGGCCGGGGCUGCUGGCGCGGUACGAGCACUGCAGCUUUGUGCCCGAGAGCAGUCCACAGAAUCUCUGGGUGUUUGCUGGGGCUGAGAAGAGUGGGAACCGUAACUGUGUCCAGACUUUGGACGUGACAGGUGGCCCUAUAUGGAGGAGUGUGCAGGUGAAAGGGAAACCCCCAUCACCCCGGACCUACCACACCAACUCUGCAUGUGUGGGGGAGAGGCUCUUUGUCUUUUCCGGGGGAGACGCAGGAGCCACACCAGUCCCAGACCCCCAGAUCCAUGUCUUUGAUGCAGUGUCUUCUACCUGGUCGCAGCCAGAGUUUCACGGGAAGCCCCCAUCUGCAAGGCAUGGUCAUGUGGUGGUUGUCAGUGGAUCAAAGCUCUAUGUUCAUGGAGGGCUGGCAGGGGACAAAUUCCACAGUGACAUGUUCUGCCUGGACACCGUGACUAUGACGUGGGAGCGGAUUCGAGCGAAAGGAGACGUCCCGCCAGGCAUGGCUGCCCACUCGGCACUGGCCUCUGGAAAGAACAUCUACAUAUUUGGGGGCAUGACUGCAGAAGGGGCAGUGAACUCCAUGUACAGAUUCCAAACUGACCAACAGUGCUGGACUCUAGUGAAGUUCGAGGGUGAUCUGCCCCCCAAUCGACUGGACCACUGCAUGUGUUUAGUGCCGUGGCGUACGAGGGCUGAGAGCGAGGAAGGGAGCCAGUCUCACGCUGCUGAACCAGGGACCGUGAACCUUUGCUUUGUGUUUGGUGGUAUGGAUACACAGGGCGUAAUCCACAAUGACUGUGUUGUUACUUUGCUAACAUAGUAGUCUUUUUUUUUUUUGAGUGUCAGGUUCUGUUUUUUUUUUUUUAAGUUUUUAAAUUAAACACUUCUGUGCUUGCUUAUCCACAAGAUGUUAACUUGUAUUUUUUAAUUACAGUUUAAGUAAAAAACUAUCCACAAUCUGUAUGUAAAAUAAUUCAGAUUAUUGUGGGUGUUUUUUUUAUUAUUCCCAGUGGUUUAAACUUGUUUUCACAUUAUCCAAAUUUGGGUACCAGUGUAAUAAAGGUAUUCAAGUGAGAGACUACAGUAUUGAAGGUUCAAGUUCAAAGAGGGGCAUGACUGAGCCAUACAUUUUGUGGAAUGGCAUCUGUCAUUCAUAAAUUUCAAAAACUGUAAAAAUACAUACUUGGUACAAAGAUACACAAG